AUGCGGUGGGUGCGUUCGCUGUGGGCGCGCCCCGUCUCGCGAUGGCAGGUGCGUGCGUGCUCGAGUGUGCCAGUUUUGCAAUCACCACACGCACACCGCAACCAAAAACUCGCGGGGCUGCACGGCGCCAUGGCGCGCGGCGAUCCGGGCAUGGUAUACGAUGCGUUCCUUGCAGCAGACGACGCGCCGCUGGGCGCGUCAGAGUAUAGACGCAUUGCACAGAUUUUAUUGAGAGCACGAACGCAGGACAGUGAUACGAUGCCGCAGCUCAUGGUUCUUCUCGAGCACGCCAAGCGCACGCAGCGAAGGUACGCUGCUGCGGCGUCGCCCAACGACCGCCUCGUUUCGCAGGAGCUCGCGGCGCUGCUAUCGAGUGCGUACUUUUGGAAUGCAUCUCUUAGUGCCGCACGCACGCACCGGCGCACUCUAUCGACUGCGCUAGGCGACGUACUGGACCUGUUUCUUGCGGGACAGCGCACGGCGCGGCUGCUUGCCGCACAACACACACACACCUUUCCCGAUACCGUCUCGUACAACAUCGUUUUGCAUGCGAUUGUGCGCAGUAUACCCACAGGGCCCGGGGCAGCGCGGCAUGCACGCCAGCGCGCGCCGCCCACCAUAGAGGCCGUGCGCAAGGACCUGGCCGCGACGCCGCACAGUGCACAGCGCGCGGUGCAGUAUUUCGAUACUGUAUGGCGCGAGCUGUGCGCAACGUGUGCGCCUUCGCACCGAAGCUGGAGUACACGCAUGCUCCUCUAUGCACGCAUGCGCCGCGCCGAUAAGAUGCGCGCGUGCAUGCAAGCCAUGGUACAAGCGCGCCAAUGCUCGACCGCGUCGGUUAAUCUCGCGAUGCAAAUGCAUGCACGACUGUACCGCGAUAUGGCGCAGCUGGACGGCGUGUACGAGGCGAUGCGGUACAACCAUCUGCAGCUAGAGAUGGGCCAUGGCAGGGGGCGCGCCGCGCCGCGCACAGCGCACGUCGAAGCGGUGCUGGGCGUCCCGUACGUGCCGGACGAUAUCGUGCCGGACCGCGGCACGUUCCUGCUCCUUAUACGGCACCACGCCAACAGCGGCGAUCUCGAUCGUGCGCUGCAAGUCUUGCACGAUAUGCUGGUCACGCCCUGGGAUACCGCGCAUGGAAUGGCGCCAUCGCUGGAAGUGUACCAUGCCAUGUUUACCGCGUUUGCACGCUUCGGCGCGAGUGGCGGCGCUUGGCAUGUACACACGCUGGGAGAGCUAUUUGAUGGAUAUUUGCGCGUUGCGCCAUUCUCAGCAAGUGCCGCGCACGCCGCUGCACCUGGGCCGCGGCAGCUCUGCACGGUGCUCCAAGCGCUAUGGGCCACGAGUCGCGAUCCCGCAUGGGUCGCUGCGCAGUGGCGCCGCCUUGUGCAGAAAUUUGCACACGAGGCUUGGCAUGGGUUCCGCGUGGAUGCGCGCGUGGAUAGAAAACUGGCAGUGUGUAGCGCAGCAGCAUAG